AAUAUUUCGUGAAUAUUCUUUCAAGUAUCGUGGUGGUAUUUCCCAAUAUUAACAACACUAAAAAUUCUAAUAAAGUUGGUUUGUUCAUCAAAGGAAAAUCAAAUAUAAGGAAGAUGGCCUCUUUGUUAAAUUUUUCAAUUAUUACGUGUUUAUUAUCGCUAUUAGUGAUUUAUGAACACCAAAUAUUAGUGACGGGAGCAGACACAACGUUAUCAAGAGUUUGUCUAGGAUGUAUAUGCGAAGCUGCUUCCGGGUGUAAUGUUACGCUUGGAUGUGAUGAGACUGUUUGUGGGCCAUUUCGCAUAACGUGGAAUUAUUGGGCCGAUGCUGGGAAACCAUCUCUGGAGGGCAAGCAGAGUACGAACGAGAAUGAGUUUUCAAAAUGCGUAAAUGACCCCUCUUGUGCGGCUCGUACAGUACAGGGCUAUAUGACGAAAUUUGCACAGGACUGUAACGGUGACGGCAAUAUCAACUGUGACGAUUUUCUUCGUAUUCAUCGAUUAGGUGGUUACGGAUGCAGUGGUCCUCUGAACCAAAAAUAUGAGGAUACUUACAAACUUUGCAUGCAGACUUUUGCGGCAAAACAAUAACUGAC